GGAUCUUCUGUCUCUCUGUUUUUCUAGGCUGUUCAGCUUGACCCUGAAGAAACUCGUCAUGCUAAAAGAAAUGGACAAAGAUCUUAACUCAGUGGUCAUUGCUGUGAAGCUACAGGGUUCAAAAAGGAUUCUUCGCUCCAACGAGAUCAUCCUUCCAGCUAGUGGACUGGUGGAAACAGAGCUCCAAUUAACCUUCUCCCUUCAGUACCCUCAUUUCCUUAAGCGAGAUGCCAACAAGCUGCAGAUCAUGUUGCAGAGGAGAAAGCGUUACAAGAACCGGACUAUUUUGGGCUAUAAGACCUUGGCUGUGGGACUCAUAAACAUGGCAGAGGUGAUGCAGCACCCUAAUGAAGGUGCUCUGGUGCUCGGCCUGCACAGCAACGUGAAGGAUGUCUCUGUGCCUGUAGCAGAAAUAAAGAUCUACUCCCUGUCCAGCCAGCCCAUUGACCACGAAGGAAUCAAAUCCAAGCUGUCUGAUCGUUCUCCUGAUAUUGACAAUUAUUCUGAGGAAGAGGAGGAGAGUUUCUCAUCAGAACAGGAAGGCAGUGAUGAUCCAUUGCAUGGGCAGGACCUGUUCUAUGAAGAUGAGGAUCUAAGGAAAGUAAAGAAAACCCGGAGGAAGCUGACUUCAGCCUCUGCCAUCACAAGGCAACCUAACAUCAAACAGAAGUUUGUGGCUCUCCUGAAGCGGUUUAAAGUUUCAGAUGAGGUGGGCUUUGGGCUGGAGCAUGUGUCCCGUGAGCAGAUACGAGAGGUGGAAGAGGACUUGGAUGAGCUGUACGACAGUCUGGAGAUGUAUAAUCCCAGUGACAGUGGCCCUGAAAUGGAGGAGACAGAGAGCAUCCUUAGCACUCCGAAGCCCAAGCUCAAGCCCUUCUUUGAGGGGAUGUCGCAGUCCAGCUCACAGACGGAGAUUGGCAGCCUCAACAGCAAGGGCAGCCUCGGAAAAGACACCACCAGCCCUAUGGAAUUGGCUGCUCUAGAAAAAGUCAAAUCUACUUGGAUUAAAAACCAAGAUGACAGCUUGACUGAAACAGACACUCUGGAAAUCACUGACCAGGACAUGUUUGGAGAUGCAAGUACAAGUCUGGUUGUGCCAGAGAAAGUCAAAACUCCCAUGAAGUCCAGCAAAACGGAUCUCCAGGGCUCUGCCUCCCCCAGCAAAGUGGAAGGGGUGCACACACCCCGGCAGAAGAGGAGCACGCCCCUGAAGGAGCGGCAGCUCUCCAAGCCCCUGAGUGAGAGGACCAACAGUUCCGACAGCGAGCGCUCUCCAGACCUGGGCCACAGUACACAGAUUCCAAGAAAGGUGGUAUAUGAUCAGCUGAAUCAGAUCCUGGUGUCGGAUGCAGCCCUCCCAGAGAACGUCAUCCUAGUGAACACCACAGACUGGCAGGGCCAGUAUGUGGCCGAACUGCUGCAGGACCAGCGGAAGCCCGUCGUGUGCACCUGCUCCACCGUGGAGGUCCAGGCCGUGCUGUCCGCCCUGCUCACCCGAAUCCAGCGCUACUGCAACUGCAACUCUUCUAUGCCAAGGCCAGUGAAGGUGGCAGCUGUGGGAGGCCAAAGUUACCUGAGCUCCAUCCUCCGAUUCUUUGUCAAGUCCCUGGCCAGCAAGACCUCCGACUGGCUUGGCUACAUGCGCUUCCUCAUCAUUCCCCUCGGUUCUCACCCAGUGGCCAAAUACUUGGGCUCAGUCGACAGUAGAUACAGCAGCACCUUCCUUGAUACUGGCUGGAGAGACCUGUUCAGUCGCUCGGAGCCGCCAGUGUCAGAGCAACUGGACGUGGUGGGGCGAGUGAUGCAAUAUGUCAAUGGGGCGGCUGCAACCCACCAGCUCCCUGUGGCUGAAGCCAUGCUGACCUGCAGGCAUAAGUUCCCAGAUGAAGACUCAUAUCAGAAGUUUAUUCCCUUCAUUGGCGUGGUGAAGGUGGGUCUGGUUGAAGACUCUCCCUCCACUGCAGGCGAUGGCGAUGAUUCACCUAUGGUCAGCCUCACUGUGCCCUCCACGUCACCACCCUCCAGCUCGGGCCUGAGCCGAGAUGCCACAGCCACCCCCCCCUCCUCCCCAUCCAUGAGCAGCGCCCUCGCCAUCAUGGGGAGCCCCAAUAGCCCUUAUGGGGACGUGAUUGGCCUCCAGGUGGACUACUGGCUGGGCCACCCCGGGGAGCGGAGGAGGGAAGGCGACAAGAGGGACGCCAGCUCAAAGAACACCCUCAAGAGCGUCUUUCGCUCAGUGCAGGUUUCCCGCCUGCCCCAUGGCGGGGAGGCCCAGCUUUCUGGCACCAUGGCAAUGACCGUGGUCACCAAAGAGAAGAACAAGAAAGUUCCCACCAUCUUCCUGAGCAAGAAACCCCGAGAAAAAGAGGUGGAUUCUAAGAGCCAGGUCAUCGAAGGCAUCAGCCGCCUCAUCUGCUCUGCCAAGCAGCAGCAGACUAUGCUGAGAGUGUCCAUCGAUGGAGUCGAGUGGAGUGAUAUCAAGUUCUUCCAGCUGGCAGCCCAGUGGCCCACCCAUGUCAAGCACUUUCCAGUGGGACUCUUCACUGGCAGCAAGACCACCUGGAUCUUGUUUUCUAAGGCCCAGGUGCCGCUCACCCUGCCUGCCUCCUGUGGGGCCCAGAGCCACUUCCAGUCCUGGGGAGUUCUCCACCUCCCCACAGCUUCCCAGUGGAGAGUGACGGGCAACCUGAGCCCGACGGACUUCCCUCCCCUGCAGUUCACAGGGGCAGGAGGAGAGACAGGAGGCAGAACCCCAACAGUGUACUGUCUGCAGCUGUGUCCCAUUAUCUCCCUUUUGCCACCGUGUCACUUUAUCUCCCUUUCCCCAGCCUGGGCAAAGGCAUCCCUUGCCACAGACUCAGGGUCUGAGCCCCUCCUUGGCCCCGACUCUCACCAUUCUCAGGAGAGGCUGAGGACACUGGGUCCAGCUCCCAGCCCCAGCCCUCCAGCCCCAGCCCCUCCUGCUUUCCCCUGUCCUCUCGCUCCUUCCUAGAGGUUUUUGCACAGAACUUCAUUUGAAAGUGUUCUUCUUGUGCUCCAUCCUCCCCUCAGGCUCUCCUCCAGCCCCUCCCGCAUCUGGAGUGUCUCAGGCUCUGCUGCUGUCCUGCAGCCAGAGGCCAGAGAGGCGAGAUGGGGUGGGAGAGACCAGGCUGAUGUUGGAUUUUUCACUCAAUAAACUGGUGAUUUCUUACCAA